GUUUGCUGCAAUGCCGCGUACACCGCACAGAAGGAACAGCUCGCGCACAGGUGCCCCUCUGGCGAUGGGGGCUGGGGACGACCUCGAGUAUCGCUGGCAGCAGGGCCAGAGGCGCUGGAGGUGCCUGUUGUUGUCUUGCGCUUCUUCUGGCACGCACGUCAGAUCGGUGGGGCGUUCUUCAUCAUCAUGCUGGCCUUCAUGGCGCAUGUCUGGGUAAGGGACGGUGGCGGUAGCUUGCACCAUGACUCCUGGCCACGCCUCGUGCUCAUGGUGGGCGACUUCCUCGGGGCGCUCGCCGCGGGGGUCCUCGUAUCCAUCGAGUUGCUGGCGCUCGCGGGCAACAUCGUCACUAUGCAUGAUCGCCUGCGCGCGUACGGCCUGGGCUUCGUGUGCCUCAGAGUGAACCUGGCUACUGCCGCCGUGGUGGGGGCCACAGAGGGGAUGUUGUCCAGCGCAG